UGUGUUUCCGGGAACGUCACUUCCUUUCCGAGCAGACGCCGACGUCACCCUACCGACAGAUGUCUUGGAUCCGGGAAGGAGAACUAAACCUUCUUGAAAGGUUCUCUGCCAACAUCCUAAAGGCAGGACCGAUGCCCAGACAUGUGGCUUUCAUUAUGGACGGGAACAGACGUUAUGCACGUAAGAGACAUGUGGAAAGACAAGAAGGCCACACUCAGGGCUUCGACAAGCUGGCUGAAACGCUUCGCUGGUGUCUAAACCUGGGCAUUCAUGAGGUAACGGUGUAUGCCUUCAGCAUAGAGAACUUCAAACGCAACAAAGAGGAAGUGGACGGUUUGAUGGAGCUGGCUAAAGAGAAGUUCCUCCGGCUACUCGGAGAGCAGGAGAACCUUGAGAAGCACGGUGUGUGUGUUCGGGUUUUAGGAGACCUCACGUUACUGCCUGAAGAUCUCCAGAGGCUCAUUUCCAAAGCCGUGGUUUCGACUCGAGCGUACAACAAGUGUUUUUUAAAUGUUUGCUUUGCGUAUACAUCAAGGCAUGAAAUCGCGAACGCAGUCAGAGAGAUGGCUUGGGGAACCGAGCAGGGCCUCAUAAAGUCCAGUGACGUAUCAGAAGCGUUGUUGAGUCAGUGCCUGUACACCAGCAGCUCUCCUAACCCCGAUCUCCUCAUUCGUACGUCUGGAGAGGUUCGCCUCAGCGACUUCCUGCUCUGGCAGACGUCACACUCUUGCGUAGUAUUUCAGUCUGUCCUUUGGCCAGAAUACUCUUUUUGGAACCUCUGCGAAGCGGUUUUACAGUACCAGCUGAAUUAUCGCUCUAUCCAGAAAGCACGGGAGCAGCAUAGAGAAGCUGAAGCAGCGCAGCAGCUGGAGUCUGACCGCUCAUGUGUGGCUGAACUUCUCCAGCAGGGUGGAAAUGGCAAACCCGUCGACGUCCGAGCCCGUCAUGCAGCACUGCUGAGCUACACGGUCAGCCGAGAGGAGAGAGUGAGCCGCUUCCUCAGCGUCCUCCAACAGAAAAAAGACACAUACUUCGAGCAUAUGAGCAACCCAACUGCUGUUGCUUAAAGCUUCUAUUGUUCGAAACGGUCCAGUCCUGAAGCGCUUAAACUGCUUCCAACACAUCUUGUUCGUUUUGCCGGCUAAUUCCGAACCCUUCAUUGAGUUUACUCAGUUGUGUCAGAUCAGGGAUGUGCCGUGUAGCGCUGUGGUGCUGGAUACAACAUGGCUGCCUGUAGAUGUGGUUCUAAAACCACGAGCAUGAAAAGACUUUUAUAUUUGUUUUUUUUUUUUGUAUAUAGUCUCAAUGAUAAAGACGGUGUACCCCGUUUUAUGGGGACGCUAGCUAUUUAAAGUUGUCUCAAAGGUGGUCGCCAACAUUAGGUACGUGAAACUGUUUCAGGGUCUUUGAGGUGUGCGUCUUAAAUCACAUACUAGAACAUACUAUUAUAUUUUAUUUUAAUUAACCAUCUAGUAUAUUCGUGCUGAGGAAUAUGAACAAAAUAUGUUUUUUUUUUUUUUUAAUAAAUAUAAUUGGCAGUUGUCCCAUUAUGCACCACAGAAGCAGAAAGAUCUAUAGCUAAUAAAAACAUGGCCACUAAUGAUGGCUUUUUGUGUGUGGUGCUACUUUUGUCUCUGUCUCCAAACUGCUAGUGUGGAUUCUAUCUCUCAGCUGUCAGUUAUAUUAGCACUAGCCAACUGCGGCCAUCUGUAAGCUCAUGUAUGCACGAGAGAGCAGGUAGUAUAGUCUCCUUGCCAAGUAAUGCAGCAUGAGCAUGAGUUUGAACCGGUAUGUGCAAUCUUAUAUCUUAUACCGUCCCCAGUUGAUAGAUGGCGUGUGAUGAAGAAGAGUUAGAGAGUGGGUGGGAAUUGGCAAAUGACCAAUUAGGAAAAUAUGGCAUGAAAGAGAAGGCAGAUUUUGCAAGAUAUUCAAACAGAAGCCUGAAAUAAAAGAAGCUAUUUGGAUCUACUUCAUGGCUCUUUUGCAUAUUAUAGUUUUAUUACAGAUCCAUAAACACUUUUAAACAUUAAAAUAAAAGUUAAGUUACAUAGUUAACUUAAAUAUAUGAAUUAAAUUCACUUUCACGAUCACAAUUUACAGGCUAAUCUUUUAGACUACUAUAUAGUAAUGUAUGUUUUUUAAGUUGAUAUACUUUAUUCGCGAUUUGAGACACAGCUAUGGACCAAGUUCACUGGACACCAUGGUUACACCAUUAGUGGAAUUUUUGCUUAGUGAUUUUCUAGGCAAACCAGUGCUGCCACUUCCUCAAAGGGCUCAAAAAUGUAGACUGCUUGAGAUUAAUGUGACCACUUG